AUGGCUCCCAAAAAGGCAAAAGCGGCGUCUAAAAGCUCCAAAGCCACGAAGACCAGCAAAACAGCGAAAGGUUCUAAAGCUACUAAGACAACCAAGGCUUCCAAGGUCUCCAAGACGUCCAAGGCUUCCAAGACCCCCAAAGCCACCCAAGCUUCCACGGCCACCCAGUCCCUUGGAGAACCCGAAGAGCCCGAACCACUAGGAAGAUAUCAGCGGAAGAGGGCAAUGCCCGUGGAAUUCGCCAUUCCUCACAAAAAGGGGAAACUGGAAGUCGAAUCACCGAUAGAGGGGGUAGAUGAGCAAGAUGUGGUCGUUGACAUGGAAGCGUUCGAAGCGGACCUUGACCAUUCCUACGUGGAUGAGCUUGCCGAACUUCGAGCGGAGCAUGAAAGAGAAUUUCCUCCUCCCAUCAAACCUGAACGUGCGACGUGGACAUACAAUGGACCGCUGCCUCUCAAUGAUACCAGCAAGCUCCCCGAGGGCUGGACCUGGGAUGAGCCUGACUUGGAUAAGCUUGAUAUUGAUGCUCAGAUCGAAAGAUGUCACGAGAGAAUUGCGGAGCAAAUCCUGCCUUUUUAUUUUGAACAUCGAUUGAGAGAAUACCAGGCUGCAAAGGAUAUUCAGGAGUAA